AUUCGUGGCUAUUCAGCGUAUCAAUUCAGCGUUAUGUCUGCAGCGAUGUUACAUGAUCCAUGUAUCCAUUGCCUCUGAGACCCAGAUGCAAAUUACAGUCCUAACCCUUUUCUAGUUAAUAUGUUCGCCCAAUCUGCCCGUUUUGCCGUCACUUCUGCCUCUCGUAUGACUACUCGUCGCUCUUACGCCACUGCCUCUACUGGCUCCUCCAUUAAGGGUAGUUUGGUCGGCUUCUUGUCCGGGAUCACCGUCACCGGCGCCGCCUCCUACUUCUACUUGAUUGAUGAAACCAAGAAUGCCAACAGCGCUGUCUUGGGUGAUGUUUUGGAUUUGCAAUCCUCCAUCAAGACUUUGGAAGAGUGUGUCAAGGCCUUGGAAGAAAAAUCCAAAUAGGCUUCUCAAUCCCCCUCUACUUCUCUGGUUACUCUUGCAUCCAAAAUAUCUUUAUAGCUGAAUAGAUAUUACGGUUUAGUUAUAUGAAUGUACUAUAGGCAGUCUGUAGAAGUGGUCCACAUGAUUCAAUUUAUGAUAUACGUUUUUGACACAUCAAUGGUUCAAGC